AUGACAAAUAUUUCGGCCAGCGAUGGCGAAGAUGAAAUUCAAAAAGUACUAGACCGAAUCAAAGGUUUUCAGGAAAACGACGAUUCCUCUUCCCUUCUUCGACCUGAAGCUCAAACAUUUCUCCAGACAGCUCACAAAUUCUUGGAAUGUCGCAAGAGAAUGGAUGCCACGUUUGAGAAAAUAGAAGGUUCCAAAGUGCUGGAAGACUUUGUCUUAGGACUACCCGAAAAUUGUUCACACGAAAAGGACUUUCGUCAGCAAUCAACAUUGGGAGAACCUGCCAGGACGUUGGAUGAGCUUUACAAGGCGGCAACCAUCAUUAGGCCGUUGUUCGAAGAAUUUGUCAACGGAAUCGUAGAGCAGGCCAAGAAGAGAACAAAGACAUUAUCAGACAUCCGUGUGGUAUACGUCCCACUGAAAGGAAGAGAGCGGGCUUUGGAAAAGGCCCAGAAUGAGUAUCAUGACAAAGGCCCUGGUCCUGAUAUUGCAUGGCUUUCUGAUAUCAACAGACUUAGCGUAAUUUUUGAAACAGUUGACGAUAUUAUCAUAUGCUUAGAGUUGAUCCGUGACUCUGACCAUAUACAAAUUGUCAAGGCCAAAAAUAGAUUCAAACAUCCGACUCUCACCGGUUACCGGGAUUUCAAUGUCAAGUUUCGUUUGAAAAGUGCCGACGGUGGCUUUCAGCAUACUUGCGAAUUACAAAUCCAUCAGAAAGAUCUGAAGAAAGUGUGUAUUGAAAUGGAAAGUCACGAGUCCUAUGAAUACUUCCGGUCAUACUAUGUUGGCGAAACUGAUACGCUGGAAGAAAGCCUAGAGGAUUUAAAGCACAUUGCGACUGGCAAUGUGUUGGAUUUCUCUUUUGUACACGAACUUCUUGAAACGAGCAAAGAUGAAAGAAGGCUGGACCGCCUUGGGGCAUUGUUUGAAAUUAAACUUUGUGAGUAUCAUCUUGCUUUGAAGGUGUACACAAAAUUGUUGGAAAUUCAGAUGAGGAAGUAUGGACCGCUACAUGAAUCCAUAGGAUCAGCGUAUCUGAAAAUUGCCACAGUCUUGAGAAAGCAAGGAAAAGAAGAUGAUGCCAUUGCUGUGUUCCGGGAGUCUUUGAAUGCAUUUCGUAAUUUGAUUGGUGAAGAUAGCAUCCAGGUUGCAACCGUAUGUAUCAAACUUGCCCAUUCGCUUCAGCGCCAGGGGAAUCUUGAAGAAGCUCUGGAUUUGUACAAACAAUCACUUCAAAUAUACAAGAAGACUGUAGGCUUGAUUCACAGAGAUUCGGCAAAUACGUUCCACAGUAUGGCUACUGUACUCAAGCAACAAGGCAAACUUGUCGAAGCCACAGACCUUCUGAAGCAGGCGCUGGGGAUUUUCAGGGAGACUUGUGGUGAAGAUGUUUUGCAAGCAAGCUACGCGUACAAUACCCUUGGAACGGUCUAUGAGAUGCAGGAUAAGAUGGAAGACGCAAUGGAGCUUUAUAAGAAAUCACUUCAUAUCAAGAGAGGGAUUGCCGGGAAGGCACACCCAUAUGUCAGCUUUACCCUCAAUUGUAUCGCCAACCUGCUUCGCAAAGAGGGUGAUCUGGUAAAGGCACUAUCGACAUACCAAGAAUCGUUGGACUCGUACUACAAGUCAGUGGGCGAGGGCCAUCCACUAGUCGGUUUCACAUGUACCAAGAUCGCUAACGUACUGUGCGACCAAGGCAAGCCCAAGGACAGCAAAAUAUACUACGAAAAAGCCCUGGUAGUGUAUCUAAAGGUUUAUGGAGCCGAUCACCCAAAAGUAGCCAAAGUAAAGGAGGAAAUGAGGAAAGUGACCUAG